AUGUCUUCUUCAAAACCCUCAAAGUCUAAAGAUAAAUAUGUCAAAAACAAAUCAUUAUACACACUUCCACUUCCAAUAUCACUUUCCUCCGGCGCCUUUUUUUCAUCAACUCUUUCUUCGAUACUUGCAUUUACUCCAUUUUUCCGUAAUGAUAUGAGCGGAGGCGGAAAGCCCCGAGGCACUUUUGACCCGCUGUCAAACAGCGUGAUAGUCACUAAUAAAGAGGAUAUCGAAAAGUUAUGGAGACAAGGAUUCUUUGGUAAGGGAAAUUUGUCAAGAAGCGAACCCACUUGGAAUGGUGGAAGGGGAAAAGGUAAAGAACUUACGGCAGAACAAGUCACGAGAAAACGGAGGAAGGAUCGAGAAAGAAAAAAAAUGAGGCAGAAGAAAAAAGACGCAGCGCCUGACAACAACAAUGAUGAGGUCACGAAUAGCCUUGGUGCGAUCACCGGAGAUGACAAGGUUGAUAACGGUUCAUCCGGUGUAGAGGGUGCAUCUCAUGCUACCGGCAUUGAAGAAAUCGUAGAUAUAGAUAAGAAUGGUGAUUCUAAUGAAAAAGGCGAAAAAUUAAUCGGUGAUAAUGUUGGCAGCGGCGACGAAGAUGAUCAGAUUAAGGCAAAUGACGAGAUGAGGAUGUCAGCAGAAGAGCAUCUACAACUUACCACCGAAGAAGCAUUUUUCCUGUGCUUUGGAAUUUGCGGCCUGGAUAUCUAUGAUGCGGACAAUGUAACCGUUAGCAGUCAUCAAUCAAAGGGGACAUCGAAAACGACAAGUUAUGACUAA